UGCAGAGAAAAGAAACUCGCAGGAGAGAAGCUUUAGUUAUUCGGAAAAAAAAAAAAAAAAAAGAGAGUAGCUUAAGGCUAAGAGAAAAUGGAGAGCAUUCCACGAUCCGUCCUUCUUUCAAGUGGCAAAACCAUUCCUCUUUUAGGUUAUGGAACAGCUGAGUACCCUUUUGGUGCUUCAUCUGAGACCAUGAAAGACUCCAUUCUCCAUGCGAUAAAACUGGGCUAUCGCCACUUUGAUUCUGCUGCUCUUUACCAAUCUGAGCAACCCCUCGGCGAAGCAAUAUCAGAUGCCUUGCAGCUUGGCCUUGUAAAGUCCAGGGAUGAGCUCUUCAUCACUUCCAAGCUUUGGUGCUGUGACUCUCAUCAUGACUCUGUCCUCCCUGCAUUACGUAAAACGCUCAAGAAUCUUAGUUUGGAUUACCUCGACCUGUACCUGAUUCACUUUCCUGUGAGCUUGAAGUCAGACGAAUAUGAGCUGCCUGUCAAGAAAAAAGACCUUGUUCCAUUUGAUGUCAAAUCUGUAUGGGAAGGUAUGGAAGAGUGUCUAAAGCUUGGCCUCACAAAAUCCAUUGGAGUCAGCAACUUCUCGUGCAAGAAGCUUGAGACACUGUUAGCUACUGCAAAGAUUCCACCUGCUGUUAAUCAAGUGGAGAUGAACCCACUUUGGCAGCAAAAGAAGCUGAGAGACUUCUGCGAGCAAAAGGGUAUCCAUAUCAGUGCUUACUCUCCCCUAGGAGCCACAGGAACCCUAUGGGGUACAAACCUAGUCUUGGACUGUAAGGUGCUCAAAGAGAUUGCUGAGGCUAAAGGAAAAACUACAGCCCAGGUGUGCUUGACAUGGGCUUAUGAGCAAGGAGUAAGUGUGCUAGUGAAGAGCUUCAACAAGGAGAGGAUGAAAGAAAAUUUUAGCAUAUUUGAUUUGGAACUAAGUGAAGAUGAUUUACAGAAGAUCAAUGAACUUCCCCAGCGCAAAGGAUUUCCAGCUCUCGAAUUCAUCUCCGACGAUGGUCCUUACAAAACUACUGAAGAGCUUUGGGAUGAAGAGAUUGAUUUAUCUUCAGUUAAUGUUUAGCCAGAUAAUAAUUAUUGGGAAUUAUCUUUAAUGUUUAAUUAUGUAUUGUAUCUCAAGGAACUCCCAAUUAGUGGCAAAAUAAAUGUAUUCUCCCUUUGUUUUAA